ACCAGUGGUAAGAUAGCUCGUGUUGUGAUAUUUAAAAACGAAGACGUUAAUGUCGGAACGGAAGGGAUAUACGACAGAAGGCGGUCACGGAAAGUAGGAAAAAUAAAACGGAAAAUAAUAAAAUGGAAAUGACAGCGAAUCAUAUCUCUGAUCCCUAGAUAGACCUCAAACACACCCAGCUGGGUGACGUGGAGCUGUCCAAACCCCCGCCGCAGCCACCACCAGACACCAACGACAAGAAGAAGUAUGUGAUCUACUCGGAGAAGGAACCUUACGACUUUGCUGCUCACAGAAACAUAGCCAAACCCACCAACAUGAUCGAGUCAACAGGUCAUCUUAUAAAAGGCUGUCUCGGUGGAGGCAUACUAGGAAUACAUGAAGCCUACAUGAAGUGCGGUCUAUGGACUGCUUUGGUGAUUACAGUCAUCUUCGGGUUCUACAUAACGUACUGUGUGCAUCUCCUUGUGAAAUCUGCGCAGACGUUGUACCAACGACUCCACCUGACAGAGAUGUCGUAUCCAGAUCUUGCCGAAGCAUCCCUGGAGGUGGGGCCUUUCCCUUCUUUGAGGAGAUACAGCAAAUGGUUCAGAUACGCAGUGGACAUAAUAAUCUGCAUAGACCUAUUUGGAGCAUGUUGCGUGUACCAAAUCAUCAUAGCCAAGACGAUAGAACAGGUGAUAGAGGGGACCGAGGGGAAAGAAGAACUAUCAAAAUUAAGGCUCUAUAUUCUGGCUUUACUGGUGCCAAUCUUGCUUCUUUGUAUGAUCACUACACUCAAGUACUUGGCGCCUUUUACACUGCUUGCUGACUUUUUUAUUGUGGCGUGCGUGGCAGCAACAGUGUACUACAGUCUACAAGUGGCUCCAUCUUUGAGCACAGUUCCAUCUUGGAAAGGCGCUCUAGGCUUCUUCGAGUUCAGCGGCAUAGCCAUCUUCAGCAUGGAAGGAAUUGGUGUAUCACUUCCGAUAGAGAACAAUAUGAAAGACCCCAAGCAGUUUCCUAAAGUUUUGUGUGCUGGUAUGACUGUGGUGGUAUCGUUUCUGAUUCUCGUCGGAUUCUUCGGAUAUUGGGGUUAUGGAGAAAACUCAGUGUCGCCAGUUACGCUCAAUUUUCCUUCAGAAAUAUUCCCAACAAUUUUGAAAUGCAUGAUGGGGGUAAUGAUAUUCAUAACCUUUGCUCUGAACUUCUGGGCGCCUUUCAAUCUGGUAUGGCACUAUAUGUCCAAGAAACAUGACCCGAAGAAGCACUGGAUGUGGGAGAGGAUCUACAGAGGUUCCUUUAUACUGGUCAUCACAGCUAUUGCUAUUGCAUUCCCGAAUAUUGGGAACCUUAUGGGAUUGUUGGGAGCCUUCUGUCUAUCCAACAUGGGUUUCAUUUUCCCUGCAAUAAUUGAGACCCUAGUGAUAUGGGAGAGUCCCGGCCCUGGUAAAUAUAAAUGGAGACUUUGGAAGAAUGUCCUCGUCAUAUUAAUCGGUAUCCUCCUGUUCAUAGCCGGUACAUACUCCAACCUUAAAGGGUUGAUAGUCAAUUUGUAAAUAAAUAAGAUUUAAUUAGUUC